UGCUACAAAUUAUUCAGUACAUGUCAUUUGGAUCAACAAACACUUCUUCAAAACCUGGAUACAGUUCGCUAGUAUUAAGAUUGUGUUUCGUUUGAGGCAUUGAGAGAGGCAUAAUCAAUUUGAUAUUAUUUAAACACACUCUUCAAGUACCCUGUGUAGAAUCAUAUUAUAAAAACAAUAUGGAAAACCCUACACAAAAUAAAGUAAGUGAAUUUUUCUUCCAAAAAAAAAAAGAUACUCAUAUCAAUUUAUGUAUUUUUCAGGACAAUAAUAACGAACGUAUUGUAGCAUUUGUCAAAGAACACAAAGUGCUCUACGAUAAAAGUAUGAGAGCAUAUAAAAAUAACAACAUAAGAAAUAAGUUGUGGGAUCAACUUGCAUCUACACUCAAUAUGGAUGUAAAAUCAAUAACUACGCGAUGGAGAUCCUUGAGGGAUCGUUACGUGAAAGAGAUGAAAAUAGCGGACCUACAUCAUAGAUCAGGAGCAGAAGCCAUUGACGAGGAUGUAGAACAGUGGGAACUUAUGGAACAUAUGUCUUUUCUAAAAGAUCAUGUUUGCCCUAGGAAAACAACGUCUAAUUAUGUUGAUACUAAUGCCGCAAGCUCAAGUCAGCAUACUGAUUUUCAUGAAAUGGUCGAAGAACAUUUGGAGGAACAACAACAGACUACAGAAGCUCCUUUGCAAACACCUUCAUCUACGAGGAAGCGUAAAGCAGACGAAAUUGACCAUAAAAUGUCUUCAUUAUUAGACAGAUAUAUUGCGAAUGCCGAUGGAAAGCACACAGCAUUCGGUCAACUUGUAGCACACAAGUUGUCAUACUUUUCAACAGAAAUUGCAAACAGAGUGGAAGCGCAAAUAUUAAAUGUCAUUUACUCUGCUACUGAGGAGUAUCGAGCUGAAGUAACGGAUAAGGACUGAAAUCAGCAUUGAAUAUGUUUUUGUUUUCAAAUGGAUUAAGU